UGACAUCACACCCACACGGGCCUUUACAAAGCAUUUUCCCAUCUGUGGUGCUCCUUGCCACCCAAAUACCCUGCCCCUUGGGGAUCCCCUUUCCCUUGCCCCAGGAUUAGCAGCCAAAGGGGAACCCGUGGGCCUAGCACAGCUGGGGUUUUAGAGAAAGGCCUCCAGCUAGGGGCCAGGCCCAGGGCGAGGUGAAGUGGCAGCUGGCCAGGGUUUCUGCUGCGCGAGCUGGGCUCACAAUGGAAAGUGCUGCCCUCCACAGGAACCCCGGCAAGGUCGGGGCCCCGGGGGCUGCUCCCUGCCCAGAGUCUGCUGAGCCAGCUCCCGCUUUGUGCCAUAGACCAUGGGCCCUGGUGUCUGCCAGACUAUAAAAUGGGGGGUCGGCCCCCAGUCACACACUGCACCAGCCCGCCCGCCUGACCGCCUGCCUGUCCUUCAGCAGGAAGUAGCAGGUCCCCAGGCCAAAGUCUUCUUUACAGAGGUUUGCAGGUGGGGACCAUGUCUCAGGCUGUGAAGGCCUCCACUACGGCUGCCACUGCCGUGAACCCAGGGCCUGAUGGGAAGGGGAAGGGCACCCCGGCCACAGGACCUGCCCCAGGCCCCAGCCCCGCUCUGGCCCCAGCAUCCGUGCCAACGACCAAAGCCGGGGACCUGCCUCCUGGCAGCUACAAGCUGGUGGUCUUCGAGCAGGAGAACUUCCAGGGCCGUCGUGCGGAAUUCUCCGGGGAGUGCUUGAACCUAGGAGACCGUGGCUUUGACCGAGUGCGCAGCCUCAUUGUCACCUCUGGACCCUGGGUCGCCUUUGAGCAGUCCAACUUCCGGGGGGAGAUGUUCGUCCUGGAGAAGGGCGAGUACCCGCGCUGGGACACGUGGUCCAGCAGCUACCGCAGCGACAGGCUUAUGUCCUUCCGGCCUGUCAAGAUGGACUCCCAGGAGCACAAGAUCAGCCUGUUUGAAGGUGCCAACUUCAAGGGUAACACCAUGGAGAUCCAGGAAGACGACGUGCCCAGUCUCUGGGCCUACGGCUUCUGUGACCGCGUGGGCAGUGUGAGGGUCUCCAGUGGAACCUGGGUCGGCUAUCAAUAUCCGGGCUACCGCGGGUACCAGUACCUCCUGGAGCCAGGCGACUUCCGGCACUGGAACGAGUGGGGGGCUUUCCAGCCGCAGAUGCAGUCCGUGCGGCGCCUGCGCGACCGGCAGUGGCACCGUGAGGGGUGCUUCCCAGUCCUGGCGGCCGAGCCCCCCAAGUGAAUACAUACCCUGCUCUUCUCCCUUGCCCCACCCCUCCCUCAGACUGUUUUCCCAUCUUUCCCGUGCAAAUAAAAGUUCCUA